AGUUAUCAGGCCCCCAUACCUGCGAGCGCCUUCACUGCCGCACUAUCAUGUGCUAACUCAUGUCUUUCGGUGUCCAACUCAAGAGAUGUUUCCCACUUCAUUGGUUGGAACUUGGCAAAUGUGAAUGACACUUGUUCUGCUGCAGCUCCCAUUAUCGUUGCUUCCACGGCUGAACUUGUCAGCCCUGUCGAGCAUACAGAACUUCCCACCAUCGUCCAGCCUACAAGCAUACCGACCAGGCCAUAUGGUUCCAUGGUCUGGUGUGGCAGAUCGUUGUGGAUGGACAAUUCCUAUCCCGACCAGGUUCAUGUGCCACACACUUUCGUUCUUCACAGGUCCGCUCGACCGACAAUUUGCCAACACUGUAAGCGUAGACUUCAUGGCCUCUUCCGCCAGGGCAUGCAGUGCAAAGGUCAGUAA